AUGGACGGCCAGGGCAACGGCGACGCGGGUGGGAGCCAGUGCGACAUCGUGGCGCGGGCCUUCGUGGAUCACUACUACCGCACGUUCGACUUCGACCGCGCCGCGCUGGCCGCGCUCUACGGCCAAACCUCCAUGCUCUCCUUCGAGGGCCACGCCGUCGCAGGCGCCGAGGAGAUCGGCCAGAAGCUGGCGCAGCUGCCCUUCGAGCAAUGCCGGCACACCGUCAGCACAGUCGACUGCCAGCCCUCGCCGUCCUUCCCCGGCAGCAUCCUGGUGUUCGUCAGCGGCAACCUCCAGCUCGCCGGCGAGGAGCACCAGCUGAGGUUCAGCCAGAUGUUUCAGCUGGUACCCAACGAGCAGGGGAGCUUCUUCGUGCAGAAUGACAUAUUCCGGCUCAACUACGGCUGA